GACAAUGCCGACCCAUUCGCGCGCGCACCUCCGCCGAAGCCGCUUGACCGAACGAAUCGGGAUCCCGUUGCAUUAAAAAAAAAAGUGCCAGUGAGACUGUACUUGUAGUGCCAGUGUUUGUUCUGUGACAGUUCUAUGACAGACGAUGCAACCCAUGGCUUAUGGACGUAAAAUGUGACAGUUUUACAUGCAACCAUAAGUUUAGCUCGAACGUGUGAGACCGAAGUGAAACCGACCGCUGUUAGUGCUAGUGUUGUUAUACGGACGGACUUUUUACUAUUGGGCUGUUUUGCCUUGAUGCCUAUCCGCUCCAAAAGUGAUGGAUAGCCACAGCAGAUCGGCGUCGCCUCGCGACAGGCCGCAGCAGAGGCCGCCUUCGCCGCCCUCCCCACACGGCUACGACAACAAAGUCUUCCAGCACGACGAAUCCGACCCAAACCACAACGACUCCUUCGCGUCCAACGGCGCGCAACAGAACCAACUCAACGGAGACACAAAAACAUUAGAGGCCGUCAAUUUAGAAUUGUUGAAUUUAGCACCGAAGAAUGGUAAUGCGAAAAAGAAGGAUGUGGAGAUAGAUAUGAACGGCACGAACCCGUACGACGAAUACUUCGUGCCCGUCAACGAACACAGGAAGUUUAUGAGGGGUGAAAAGUUGUACGUGACGGCGGACAAACGUGGCGAUAAGGGAGGUUGUAAGCGACCUCUUUGCUGGACCCUAUUGGCGCUUGUUGUGGCCGCUAUUGUUGCACUAAUAGUGCUGGCAGCUACCGGAAUAGGUUUUUCGAAUUCUGCACUGGAAAAUCAUCUCGAACAAAAUACGUCGAUUAGUUCAGCGCGAGCUCUGGGCGGCCUCACCAUACCUAUAGCGGCAGAAGAGACAAACGACACUGAAUUACACGAUAAUAAGCCGUCUAGUGAUGCAGAACCAACACCAGAGCCAGAACCGGCAAUCAACGACGUACCGUCAAGAGACGCAGUACCGACCCCAGAGCCAGAGCCCCAGCCAGAUACAUCAAUAAACCAGGAACCGUCUAGAGAAGCAGUGCCAACACCAGAGCCGGAACCCUCAAUAAACGAGGAACCGUCUAGGGAAGCAAUGCCAACACCAGAACCAGAGCCAGAGCCAGUAAUAAAUCAGGAGGCGUCUAGAGAAACAGUACCAUCACCAGAGCCGGAACCAUCAAUAAACGAGGAACCAUCUAGGGAAGCAAUGCCAACACCAGAACCGGAGCCAUCAAUAAACCAGGAACCAUCCAGAGAAUCAAUGCCCACACCAGAGCCGGAGCCAUCAAUAAGUCAGGAACCAUCCAAAGAAGCACUACCAUCACCAGAACCGGAGACACCAAUAAACCAGGAACCAUCCAGGAAAUCAAUGCCAACACCGGAGCCAGAGCCAGCAAUAAACCAGGAAGCGUCUACAGAAGCUCUACCAACACCAGAGCCGAACCCAUCAAUAAGUCAGGGGUCAUAUAGUAAUGCAGAACCAACACCAGAGCCAGAACCGACAAUAAACGAAGUAGCAUUCAAAGAUGCAGUCACAACACCAGAGCCCGAGCCAUCAAUAAACCAGGAACAAUCUAGAAAAAUGACACCGACAGUAGAGCAAGACUUAUUAAUUCAUCAGGAACCAUUUAAAGAGGCGGUGCAAACAACUGAACAACAACCAUCAAUAAGCGAGGAAGAAACAACAGAGCCACAUUUCCCAAUUAACCAAGAACCAUCUAGAGACAUUACACUAACGAUCGAGCCAGAAUCAUCAGCAAACCAUGAAACAUCUAAGGACGUAGAAUCUAUAAACAAGGGAGAAUCUAGUGAAACAACAACAACAGUAUUUGAACCUACAAUAAACCAUGAAUCAUCUAGUGAAAUGGUACCGACACUGGAGCCAAAAAAAUCAAUAAACGAAGUGCGAUCUGAACAAACAGUGCCGGAUCCAGAAACAUCAGUAAACAAAAUAUCUUCAAAUGAAAUGGUGCCUACAACAGUGACACAAUUAGAAUUAAACCAGGGACCAACUAGAGACGUAGUGACAACAUUAAGGCCGGAUAUGUCAAUGAAUGAUGAACAGCCUAUAGAAAUUGCACAAAAAAUAGAGCCAGAAACGUCAAUAAAUCACGAACUAUCUAGAGGAAUGCCACACAUAAUAGAGUCAGAACCGACAAUAGAUCCAGAGUCAAUAAUAGAGCCAGAGCCGACGAUAGAGCCAGAACCGACAAUAGAGACAGAGCCACCGAUAGAAACAGAGCCGACAAUAGAAACAGAGUCGACGAUAGACAAAGAACAAUCAAUAAACCAGGUGCUAUUAAGUGAAAUGACUCCAACAUCGGACCCAGAAACAAUAAAACAGAGAGAAAUGACACCGGUAAUAAGCCCAGAACUGACAAUAAACCAAGAAAAAUCUAGAGGAAUGAUGUCGACUAUAGAGCCAGAGCGAUCAAUAAACUUUGAAAAGACAACAGAGUUCCAACUAUCAACAAACGAGAAAGAAUCCCGUGAAAUGACACCAACAUUAACACCUCAAUUGAACAAUGAUGAUGUAACAAGAACACAAUCGAUGGAAAAUCAAGAACAACCUAGGGAAACCGAACCAGUAAUAGAACUAAAAACUCACGAAUUAGAUACAAAAACGAUUUCAACAACCGAGCCCCAAUUAUCAACAGACCGCGAAGAACACGUAGAACCACCAUCAUCAACAAAUCAAGAACGUUCUAGAGAAAUGGCACCAGAAACAGCACAGCGGUCCGUUAAGGUGGUAGAAGUAACCAAAGUUCAGUCACCAAUAAACCAGGAACAAUUUAGAGAACCCGCACAAACAAUAGAGCCCGAACCGUCAACAAAUGCUGAAGAAACAACAGAGCAACUACUAUCAAUGAACCAGGAACCGUUUGGAGAAACGAUCCCGACCAUAGAACCAGAACCAAUUGAUAAUGAGGAAACUACAGAACAACCAUCGUCGAUAAAUCACGCAUCCAAAGAUAUUGUGUUAACAUCUGAAGCAGAACUAGCAAACCAAGAACGAUCGAGAGAACAACCGAACUUUUCCAUUGACCAGAAAAACACAACUGAACUAGAAUCACCGAUUAAUCAAACAGAACCAACAGAACCACAAUUUUCAGUAAGCAAACAGCCAUCUGGAGAAAUGUCAGCAAUAACAGAGUCAGUUUCAUCCGUAAAUCAGGAACAUACAACAGAACCUCAAUCAUCAAUGGAUCAAGAACCAUCUAACGAAAUUUCAGCAACAACAAAGUUACAAUCAUCAAUAGACCAAGAAGAAACAACUGAGCAACAAGUAUCAGCAAACCAGGAAGAGAUAAAUGACGAAGAUUUCUUAGUGAAUUCUGAUGACGAAAAUAGCCCAGGCUCGUCGGCAAACGAAGUAGAAACAAUAGAAACGGAUUCCUCAUUAAAUGAGCAAAAAGUUAAAGAAACAACAACAGAAUCUGAGGCAUCAUACAAACAAGACCUAUCUACAGAAACGUCAUCAACAACAGAGCUACAACCAUCAGAACAAAAGGAAGAAACAGAUGAUCAACAGUCAUCAACAAACCAAGUUGAAACAACAGAACUAGAAACAUCAGUAAAUCAAGAACAAGAACCAGACCUGGCAUUGACUGUGGAACCGCUGCCAUCUGAAAUCCAAGAAGAAACUACAGAGUCACAUUCGUCAGCAAACCAGGAAACAUCCAAAGAAAUAUCUUCAACAACAGAAUCACAAUCUAUUGUGAGCCAAGAACCAUCUGUAGAUGUGUCUUUAACCGUGGGGCCACUGACAACCACAAUCCGAGAAGAAUCAACAGAAGAACCUAAAAUAUCUAAGGAGGUAUCACUGAGAAACAAUACGGACAAUAAUGUAGAGCUAACGGCAGAAAAACCAAGCGAAAACGAACGAUCGAGUAAAAUACCACAAAUACAAAUUUACGAAGUGAGGCCCACAGACUUACCUGAAAUUUUCUCGCCGGCAACAAUGCACCCGCCAAUAAAGUCGCCCAGCUUUUCAAACGAUCGCGAACCUACAUCAACAGGACUACCAUUUUUGGAAGACAUGAAUGAUAUUUAUUAGAAUAAUCCGAUUAGAAUUAAUAAAAUUUGAAAGAAUUUCAUCUAACUGAGAGCUUAAUAUAGUCUAUUAAACAUCCUUAGUUAAAGAAAGAUUGCGAUGGUUAUUCUUUAACUUUAGACAUAUUAUUAUAAAUAAUUGGGAUUAAAUCAUUGUCUGGAAAGCUCUGAACUUUAACAAACAUUACAUUGUAGUUAAAAUAAGUGUAUAUAGUGCUAUUUUAGAUUACUGUGAUGUAUGCGAUAGCUGUAUAUCAAUGUGGACCAAAUAAUCAGUAAUAAUUCAAUCUUAUUGCAAAGGUAACAGUUUUGUCUAAUACCUAAUGAAACGAAUUAUAUAUUUUUCAACAACAUUUAAAUCAUUCAUAGAUUUUCAUAUUGACUAGUCAAACUAGAAAAAGUCAAGAAUUUAGAUAUAGAUAAAACACCAUAUUAGCGAUGAUUUAUUUAUCAAACUCAAAUACUUUAUGUAUAAAUGAGUCGGAGUAGUUUGUACAUUGUCUCAUUUCGUUUUUUACUGCAUACUUGCAAAGGUUAGUAAUCAUAAUUUAUAAGUCUUGUAGGGUAACAAACCAAUCUUGGCUGAGAAAAAAAUAAAACCUCGUAAUGACUUUUCGACAAAUCAACAGUGAACAAAGACAAGACUAUGAAGAAGAGUUAUAAUGUCUUGCUCAUUUGACAUGAUUUGAUAUUUCUUGUACGAUUUACAAAAUUACCCAUUAUGAUUGUUACCACUAUAAAAAGUUGCAUUAUAUUAAAAUAAUCAUUGGAUGACUUUACUAAACAAAAUGUGUCCCUUUUUUAAAUUCAGUCCCUACUAAUUAUAUAAUUAUAAUGCAAUAUCUUUAAUAUUUUGUAGAUACACAUUUGUGAUGAGAAUUUGAAUGUUCUGCCAUUCUGUUGUGAUAUGCUGCACACAUUCAUCCCGUUUGUGCUUAGUGAGGUCUGAUUUGUAAAGUAAUAUUAUAAUUAAUUUAGUAUUUGUUAAUUAAGACAUAUUAUUUGUAUAAAUGUUUGACCUUGUAAAGAAUUAUGUUGUGAAUAAUUAAAGUUAAUUUUAAUUAA